AUGUAUCAACAAUCACAAUUAACCACUAAUACAAGUAGUAGACUUGGAGUUGCACCAGAUCCAACACUAACUUUAAUUGAUGGAAAUAAUAUAGCAACUAAAUUAUCAUGCUAUAUAUUCCAACUGGGUGGUGCUAUGUUAAGAGGACCAUCUUUUUGUGUAAUUCCAAAGAAUUUAACAAUUUCUGAACCAAUUAUAAUUAAUUUUUUAUUUCCAAAUGGUUCACUUUUAACAACUGAUGGUGAUGCAUUAUUACCAAGAAAUGGUAUUGCUACAAAAGAUAAAUUUAAUAAUGGUACAAUAUCUGAAAGUUUAAAAUGUUUGGUAGAAAUUGAUAUUAAACAAUGGACUUGUAAAACAAAUAAUCAAAAAUAUCUAUCAAAUCAAUUUGAAAUUAUUUAUACAUACCAAUAUCCAAAACAAUUAAAAACUACAAAUUUUAUUGUUAAUUCAUCAUCAUCAUCUUCAUCAUCAUCUUCAUCAUCUUUUUCUUCACCAUCAUCAUAUUCUUCAUUAUCCUCAUCACCACCAUCACAUCCAAAUUCUAAAGCUUCCUAUUUUAAUUCAAUAAUUUCUUUUGCUUUAAUCUGUGUUUUUUUAAUUGAUUUUCUUUAG